GCUGAUGCCAAUAAAUUUUAAAAAGAAGAGAAAAUCCAUGUAACUGUAACAUGUAACCUUAAACCUAAUUAAAAAAGUUUGAAUCAAGUAAGAGAAUUUAUCUAUAUCUUUGCAUCAAUUCGAUUUAUGAAUUUUUAUUCGCAAGUCUUCAUUCAAAAUGUUGAAUACUGUUCAAGGUUUUAAAGUGCUACGUUUGAUUUUCUCAGCUGAAAGUACAAGUAGUCAUGACAUUCUAAUAAAAGAACAUUCAAUAAGAACUAAAGAUGAAAGCAAACCUCUUGGACAGACCCUUUUUGUAUUGAAUGUGCCUCCUUAUGCAACUGAAGCAGGAUUAAAGAAUGCUUUUUCUCCACCUGGCAAAAUUACAAGGGUAAUUAUAGAAGAAAUUGAGCAAAGUCAUUCGAAUAGGAACGGCUUCAAAAAGGCUUUCAUAGUAUUCAAUAAACGGGAAUACCUCCUUAAAGCAUUAUGCCUGAAAACACUGAAACCUAUGUCACCAACAGAGAGGCCUCUGAAAGUAGGAUUAGAGAAGUGGAUAGAGGAGUACAAUUCUAGUAUAUGUGAUCCCGAAGAACUCCAAAAGAGGGUAACUAACUAUAUGAAGCAAUAUGAUAAAAAAGAAAUUAAAUCCCAAAAGGUGGAAGUAGUGGACGAUGAAGGGUGGACAGUAGUGACAAAAGGUGGGCGAAAACCAGGCAUAGCAAGAAAGGAGAGUGUGGAAAAUAAAUUGGUCUCAAAAGGAUCAAAGAAAAAAGAAUUGAAAAACUUUUAUAGUUUUCAAAUAAGAGAAUCUAAAAUGAAAAAUAUAGCAACCCUCAGGAAGAAUUUUGAGGAGGCAAAGAGUAAGGUUAUUCAAAUGAAAAAUGCUAGGAAAUUCAAACCUUAUUAAGUUUCUUUCUUAUUCUAGAGGACUCCUUUUGUUUUUAUUAAAAUAUUUUUUUAAGAUAGGAAAGUAUCUGUGAUGUUUUUUUUUAUAAGAAAAGGAAAAAUAUAUGAAAGCACAGAAAGAUCAGCAUUUUUUAUCAUGGAAUAUUUCAAAAGGGUUUGUGUUCCUAAUCUGCAGUUUUUCAAUAUUAGGUGACCGAGAAGCAUCGUUUUUUUUUUUUUGAAAGUAUAACAAAAUUUAUUACAUUAUUGAAUUACAUUUAAGGUAGGUGAUUCUCAAGAAAUUUCUUACAUUUUUGAGUUUGAAAAUAAGUUCAUAUAUUUUUAUUUCUUUUCUAUAUUGACAUUCUCUUGACAUCCAUGUCACUUAUUAAGCAGGAGAUAAUAGUACAGGAGAGAUAUAACAGUCACCCCUACUUAUUUAAAACGGUACAACAUAUUUGAAAUUAUAAGAGUGGAACUAUCAAAUUUUGUUGACAAUAACUCCUGUGAACAAAAGAAAAUUUUUAAUGAAAACUUUAUAUUAGAUAUUCUCAGAGUCUACGCAGGCUUGCGCCUUAAUCUUACAGAUUGUCUAGAAGUAGCGCUGAUUUCACCUGCGAAAACAGAAGCAAGGAAAUCGGUUGGAAGAUGUUGAUGAUUCAUAUUCUCAUUUCGGGGUUUCGAUGUGCCUUUUCAUAGUUCUAAUACAGUCUAAUUUGGGAAUGUAAUGCCCGUUACUAAGUUUCUCUUUUAUUUCACCAAAUUUACAUACAUUCUUGUUAUUUGUGAAAAGUUGAGUCUGAUCUCUCUCCCCUACUUGAUAUGAUCGUGUAGGAUGCAAUGCUGCAAUUGAAAAAUGAAAGCAGUGCCUAAUGGAAGUUUUUUUCAUUAAUUUUAAUCAAAAGCGUUCAUAACUGAAAAUUUAAAUAGUUCGUUCAUCGUCAAAAUUGUGAGUCAAAAUCCAGGUUAUUAAAAAAACAACCUUAAAAUGUGGUUGGGGCAUAUUGAAUUCAUAUAUUGACACCUUUUCAAAUGUUCUCAUAAUGUAAUAACUAAAUAAAAUUAUAAUAAAUUCCUUGGUUAUUU